CGCGCUUUUUUUUAGGAGGAAUCAAUUCAGAUCACUUCUCUCUCUCCUCUCUGUCUUGCUAUCUCUAUCUCUCCGCCGCCUGCCCCUCCUCUAUCGCGUGUGUCGUCCUUGUCUCCCUUGAAAAGAAGCUGGAGACCAAGGCAACUGAGCUCUCGCUUUCCCUUUUCCGAGGGUAAGGAAAAGAAGAAAGAGAAUUCUCCUUCGUCCACCCCAAGGGAAUAGCGUCUCGGGUCGAAUCCGAUCUACUUUGUUGCUUGCCUUUUGUCAUCUCUCUCGGCUAUUGGGCUCGAUCGGAUCUCUUUUGCGAGUGAGAAGUAGAGAAAGGGGAGGAGGAGGAGGCGGAGGAGAUGGUGAAGGAGACGGAGUACUACGACGUGCUGGGCAUCAGCCCUACGGCCACGGAGGCAGAGAUCAAGAAGGCCUACUACGUCAAGGCUAGGCAGGUCCAUCCAGAUAAAAACCCAAAUGAUCCCCUUGCAGCACAAAAUUUUCAGGUUUUAGGGGAGGCUUACCAGGUGCUCAGUGAUCCAGCACAGCGCCAAGCUUAUGACACUUAUGGAAAAUCAGGCAUUUCAACAGAACAAAUUAUCGAUCCUGCUGCAAUCUUUGCUAUGCUGUUUGGUAGUGAGCUUUUUGAGGACUACAUUGGUCAACUUGCCAUGGCAUCAAUGGCUUCACUUGAUAUUCUCACUGAAGGAGAACAGGUUGAUGCCAAAAAGUUACAAGAGAAGAUGAGGGUUGUUCAAAAGGAAAGAGAGGAGAAACUUGCACAGAUACUGAAAGACCGACUUAACCUUUAUGUUCAAGGACACAAAGAUGAAUUUAUUAAUCAUGCUAAGGGUGAGGUGGUGAGACUUUCUAAUGCAGCUUAUGGAGUGGAUAUGUUAAAUACCAUUGGCUACAUAUAUGCAAGACAGGCAGCAAAAGAGCUUGGAAAAAAAGCUAUAUAUUUGGGCGUGCCAUUUAUUGCUGAAUGGUUCAGGAACAAAGGCCACUUUAUCAAGUCCCAAGUAACAGCUGCGACAGGUGCCAUUGCUCUAAUGCAGCUGCAAGAGGACCUGAAGAAACAACUAAGUGCUGAGGGCAAUUUUACAGAGGAAGAACUUGAGGACUAUAUGCAGACUCACAAAAAGUUAAUGGUAGAUUCCUUGUGGAAGCUAAAUGUUGCUGAUAUUGAAGCUACCCUAUCCCGAGUCUGUCAGAUGGUUCUCCAAGACAACAGUGUCAAGAGAGAGGAACUCCGAGCUCGAGCCAAAGGGUUGAAAACUCUUGGAAAAGUAUUUCAGAGGGUUAAGUCUGCCAAUGCAAGUGAGAGCGAAGCAUCACUGACAAGUGGAGUACCAAACCAGUUAAGUGGAAAUGACGGAUCCAAUGAUGGUAGUUCUGAUACAUCACCAAAAGCUCCAAUGGAGCAGCCGCCAUACACAACUCCACCUGCUCCCCAGUUUGGGCCAUCAUCGAGCGGGAGCCUUGGUUCUCUGCAUUUUUUUCUGCAUUUUUUUAUCUUCCCAUGCCAAAGAAAAGAAAUAUUAAUGAGUAGAUGAUUGAAAAAGAAUUCUCUUUAUUUGCUAGAGCCCAUACGUGGAGGCCCCGCAGUUUGCUGGUGCUCAGUACACCUAUAACUUCCCAAUGCCUACUGCACCUCCUGGUGCACAAAGGCAUCCUUGAUCAGCAGGCAGUGGAGAAGUAGACCAGACAUGAUUGUGAUCGUCUUGUAUUAUAUCAUUUCUGGCAUCAGAAAAAGCUCAUUCAUUGGGUGCUUUGCCUUGUAUAAGGAGUCUGGUUGCCCUUGCUCCUAUAUUGUUGUCAUCAUUGUGCAUUAUUUAUACAACAGAAGUUGGGCAUGGGUCCGUUCAGUGUGCAACCCUCCUGCUGUGCUUUUUAUAUGGGUCGGUUUUGUUCUGCAUCCCAUGUCAUGCUAGGUCAGCAACACCGAGACUAUCAUUGUACAUCAGAGAGUUCUUUGUGUGGCUCCCCUUUUUUUAUAAUAGAAGGAAGAGGUCACUCUGUGUAUAUAAUUGGAUCAUUUCUGGUUCAUGAUUUAGCAUUUCUUGUUAUUUUGUGCAAGAAAUGUUGCAUGAUUGCAUAAGUCUUGCUUGUUUAAGAAGCUUUACCAAACUUGAGUCAUGUUUCUGUUACUUUC